UUUCUAGAUUCUAACAUAAUAGACCAGUCUUGUAGGUACACAGUAAAGGGUAUCAGCAUGGCCGGGGUGAGGGUUGCAUUAGUCACAGGGGGCAAUAAAGGAGUUGGGCUAGCUGUGGUCAGGGCCCUGUGCAAGCAGUUCCAGGGAGACGUGUAUCUGACAGCCAGGAACCCCAAGCUUGGAGAAGAAGCUGUCAAGGCCCUGAAUAAGGAGGGGUUGUCCCCGCUUUUCCAUCAGUUGGACGUUACUGACUUGACCAGUAUCCGGGCUCUGCGAGAUUUCCUGAAGAAGAAGUAUGGCGGGCUGGACGUGCUGAUCAAUAAUGCUGGGAUUGCAUUUAAACCCGAUGACCCGACCCCCAUUGGAACCCAAGCCGAAAUCACCCUGAAAACCAACUUUUAUGGUGUGAGGGACGUUUACAAUGAACUUCUGCCUAUCAUUAGACCGAAUGGAAGAGUGGUUAAUGUGUCAAGUAUUUUUGGCAACAUAUCCCUUCCAAAGUGCAGCCCUGAACUUCAGGAGAAGUUUCGCAAUGACGCGAUCACAGAGGACGAGCUGGUGAAGCUGAUGGAGAAAUUUCAUGAAGAUGCCAAGAGCGGAGCCCAUCUAGAAAGGGGCUGGCCAACCCUUCAUUCCGCUUAUGGGGUGUCCAAAAUUGGAGUAACAGUGCUGUCCAAAAUUCAAGCUCGUCAACUAAAGCAGACCAGGAAAGGAGAUGGCAUUAUCGUCAAUGCCUGCUGCCCCGGGUGGGUGAAGACUGAUCUGGCAGGUCCAGAUGCCCCCAAGACACCAGAUGAAGGUGCUGUGACCCCAGUAUAUUUGGCUCUCCUCCCAACUUCAGCAGAUUCACCCUACGGGGAGAUGGUCAGUGAAAAGAAAGUCAUCCCCUGGUAGAUGUAAAAUCCCUGUGAAUUUAUGUCAGAUGUAUUUUUUCAUGUAAAAAUAAACUAUGAGGUAACCUAAAA